GGCUCGCCAUCGCCCCGUCCGAAGCGGCGCGGUCGUUGUGCGCGCAAUCCGGCGGCGGCGGCGGCGAUCAUCAUGCCUGGCCGUCGGAGCGGCGCUCUGUCGGAGCGGAGCCCUUUGCUGGCUUACCGGCUGUGCAGCAGCUCCUCGCUGGAGGCGGACGAGGCGGCCCCGACGGCGUCGCGCAAGCUCUCCACCUUCCUGGGCGUCGUGGUGCCCACUUUGCUCUCCAUGUUCAGCGUGGUGCUUUUCCUCCGCCUGGGUUUCGUGGUGGGUCAGGCGGGAUUGUACCAAUCGCUGGUGAUGUUUCUGGUGGCCUAUUUCAUCAUCGGAAUGACAGUCCUGUCGGUGUGCGCGAUCUCCACCAACGGGGCUCUGGAUGCCGGGGGAGCCUAUUACAUGAUCAGCCGGGCGUUGGGCCCCGAAUUCGGUGGAAGCAUCGGCCUCAUGUUCUUCUUUGCCAAUGUUUGCGGCAGCGCCCUCUACAUCUUGGGCCUGGUGGAAGCCGUGGUAGAUGACUUUGGCACCCCGGCAGACGGGACUAUUGGAACAGCCACACAGGUCCUGCCCCGCGGCUACUGGUUUGACCUCUUGUAUGCCACGGUCCUUCUGUUCCUGUGCCUUCUCGUCUGCCUUGUGGGUGCCGGCAUCUACGCUAAGGCCACCUUCCUCAUCUUCCUCAUCGUCAUGGCGGUGCUGGGCACUGUCUGCAUCAGCUUCUUUAUCGUGGGCGUCCGGGUCGUGGGGCUUCCCGCGACCACGGAUGGCAACCACACCGAACUCGCCAAUGCAUCCUUCACGGGAUUCAAACUCAGCACCCUCCUGGAUAAUCUGCAUGCGGACUACAGCGUCGAUUACACAACUGGCCGGCUGAUGAGCUUCAGCACUGUCUUUGCCGUCAUGUUUAACGGUUGCACAGGAAUCAUGGCUGGGUCAAACAUGUCAGGCGAUCUCAAGCGGCCCAGCUAUUCCAUUCCUCGGGGCACCAUCAUGGCCGUGAUGUUCACCUACAUCGUGUACAAUUUGUUGGCGGUUCUCCUGAGCUGCACCUGUGACAGGUUUCUUCUCCAGAGGGACUACAGCUUUUUGAAGGACAUCAACAUCUGGCCUCCUUUUGUCAUCAUCGGGGUCUACUUUUCGACUCUCUCAGCUGCCAUGAGCAACCUCAUUGGGGCCUCCCGGAUCCUUUAUGCUUUGGCCAAAGAUGACCUCUUCGGCAAAGUUUUGAGCCCAGCGAAGCAGACCUCGCGUGGGAACCCCUGGGUGGCUGUCAUUUUCUCCUGGAUCCUUGUACAGCUGGUGCUGUUUUCCGGGAAGCUGAACACCAUCGCUGCCGUGGUCACCAUCUUCUUCCUCCUGGUUUACGCUACGGUGGAUCUGGCCUGCCUGGCGCUCGAGUGGGCCUCUGCCCCGAACUUCAGGCCCACCUUCAAGUAUUUCACGUGGCACACCUGUGUGCUGGGCAUUGCUGGCUGUGUCGUGAUGGUCUUCCUCAUCAGCCCCAUCUACGCUUCGGCCAGUGUGGCCUUCAUGGUCAUCCUGCUGGUGGCUCUCCAUUACCUGUCCCCCAGCAGCAGCUGGGGCUACAUCAGCCAAGCUUUGAUCUUCCACCAGGUCCGCAAGUACCUGCUGCUGUUGGACAGCCGUAAAGAACACGUCAAAUUUUGGCGCCCGCAAGUCUUGCUGAUGGUACGGAAUCCACGCACCUCCCUCCAGCUCAUCCGCUUCAUCAACGACCUCAAGAAAAGCGGCUUGUACGUGCUCGGCCACGUAGAGCUGGCGGAUCUGGACUGCCUCCCUUCUGACCCCUUGCCGGACCAGUCCGACUCCUGGCUGCAGCUGGUGGACCGGUUGAACAUCAAAGCCUUCGUCAACCUGACACUCGCCAGCUCAGUGCGGCGCGGCACACAGCAGCUGCUCUUCAUCUCGGGACUAGGAGGCAUGAGGCCUAACACCAUUGCGCUGGGCUUCUAUGACAACCCACCCCCGCUAGACAACGUGUCCCAGCCCACCGCCUUCAGCAGCGACGAGGCAAUUUGGCAUGACUUCCCUCCCGUCUGGAGCUCCGGAGGACCCAAGCAACUUUCAUCCUGGGAGUAUGUGGCCAUCAUCUGCGACGCCAUGAAGAUGUCGCGCAACGUCCUUCUGGCCCGCUACUUCGACCAGCUCCAGCUGCCUCAGACCGCCGGGUGGCGAGCCCAACCUCUCAUCGAUGUCUGGCCCAUCAACCUCCUGCGGCCCGACAGCGCCCGCUACGUCGACACCAGCAGCCUCUUCCUGUUACAGAUGGGCUGCGUCCUGGCCAUGACUCGGUCGUGGCGACGGUCUCGGUUGCGCCUCUUCCUCUGCGCGCAGAGUUGCACCAGCCCCCAGGGCCAGGAGGACAAGUUGCGGCAGCUUCUGAAGAGCCUGCGCAUCCAGGCGAAAGUCCAGCUGGUGCUGUGGGACGACGUGGUCGCUCUCCAUUGGCACAGCCGCCAGGAAGACUCAGCGGACGGCGCCCUCAACUUCUCCAGCAACAUAACCUCAGUUUCCGACGAGUACUUGACUGCGGUUAACCAGCUGAUCCUCCAACAGAGUUCCGCCCCUACUGUCCGCUUCCUUUACCUGCCCCGUCCUCCCGCGGACACUAAUUUAUACCCCAGGUAUUUGGAACAGCUGGAGAUCUUGACCCACGGACUGGGCCCCACACUGCUGGUGCAUGGGGUGAGUGCCGUCACGAGCACUCAGCUGUAAAGCAGGGUGGUCUGUUGUCCACGGUGGGCAAGGGUUGGUGGUUGACGGAAAACACCAGGCCGAGGUGGCCCUUACGGAUCGAAGGGAAGGGGAGAUGACGAUCGACCAGCAAUAUUCUUGCCUGAAGUUGGGGUUCCACAUCUCCCCAAGCUUUUCCUCCCAGGCUGGGGUGCUGCGAUGCCUCCCAACGUACGGCAACGGUGCAAGCAAGGUUGGAGGCCCCGGCUCAGUGGUCCUAGCCGAGAGCUUCCGUCGAGCGGCGUCUUCUCUGGGCUGCUUUUCCAGACUCCUGAGAGAACAAACUCCUUGUAACAACCAAAGAAUAGGGACCCGAGUCCGGGUCUUUCAUCUUUGGAGUUUUGGGCAGCCAGAAAGUUCUUUGGCGCCGGUGACUUUGGAAAACUCUGUGACAGCUGCCUUUCUUUGCACGCUUGUAAAGAUGGGGACAAGAAUUAAAGGUGGCAUUGUUGGAUUUAAAACUCUGGUGAUGGCAGGGUAGCUGUUUCUUACUCACAACAAUCAGGAUUUAAAGCAGGGGGUCGCCAAACUUGGCAACUUUUAAGACUUGUGGCCUUCAACUCCCAGAAUUCCCCACCAGCCUUUAAGACUUCAACUCCCAGAGUUCCCUAAACAGCCUUUAAGACGUGUGGCCUUCAACUCCCACAAUUCUGGGAGUUGAAGUCCACAAGUCAUUGCCCAUUUGGAGACCCCUAACCUAAAGGAUCCAU